GUGGAUUUUUCUUCCCCUGGAUCUUCGCCUCGCACCAUGCAGACGGUCCCUUGGCCCUGCCUGACGGUUCAGUGUUCCCCCCUCCCCCACCAGCCGUGCUCCUGUUUCACUCAAAGAUGGCGUAGGCUCUAGAACCCCUGGUCUGUGGCUGCAUUUUCAGGGCUUGUUGUUGUCUCCGUUUCGCACGGUUUCGGCACCUUCUCCUCGGCGGCUCGACACGAAAUUCCGGUGAGUAGCAGCGGCGGCAGGAUGUGUACAUACGGGUUAUUUUUUUUCUUUGAAGCGGGGCUGCAUUGCCCGACAUUCCCCCUUUUGGAAACCAGAACCAGGACCCGCUCGAGCUUUCAGGGGGGAACCGCGAGAGGGAGAGGGAGAGAGGGGUACGGAGGGAUGGUGCUCGGCGGAGGUGGGUGGGGGGGUUAUGGAGGAGGGGGGGAGCCGCGGCCUAGCUACUCGGCUCCAGCGGCCUUGUCUCUCUCUCCGCACCGCAGGCUGGAGCGUUACGUGGGAGGGCGGCUGGUUGGAGGGAGGAAGUCAGCGAGGAGGGGACGCGUCUGAGCGGGCAUGGGCUCGGUGCUAACGGCGCAGGCUGAGAGGGAGGCCCCAGAGCAUGUAACUACUGCAGAAUCCGAGAUCUCUAUUCCUGCACUUGCCCGCUAGCAGAGAUGGCCGUCUGCAAGUUGCAUUGUGCCUUUUUACAAGGCCGCGGUCUUACGUUAAUAUAUAAAUGACAUUCAGACAGAUUUUAUUCACUGUGUUUCUGUUGUGUUGUGUUUUUCUGCGGGCUGAUAUCUCGUCUAAGCGGGACGGUGUUCUCUCUUCGAGCCGGGGGGCGCUGGCUAACCUCUGGUUUCAUGCUGUUUAGCGAGUAACGUUAGUAACAUAAAGGUAACGCUAGCUCCUUUUGGGUUAGCUUCUAACGUUAGCGUGCUAAACAACAGCUGUUAGCGGGAAGGCUUGUUGUCAGAUACUUGGCUGACUAAUAACACAUCAGUGAGAGUAAACAACACUCCAGGAAACAGUCUGGCGAUGCGGCAAUCAACUUAGCUUUGAUUUUUGGCUAGCCUCGGAGCUAAUGUUUGCUAACAGUCUGUGUUUUGACUGCAUCAUGUUUACGUUAGCAGCCCAUCCAGCCCACUGGUCAACCUGCUAGUACUGUUUAGAUGUAGUUUUGUUUACAUUGUGUAUACUCUAUCGCUUACGGCAAUAUUCCUCGAGGUUCUACACUCGUUCUGUUACAGCUUUGAAUGGCUGAAGGGUUUUCAGUGAUAUCAGUGAACGUGGAAAUUGCAUGCCUGUGAACUAAAAUAGUUGUAAAGUUCAAACGAGGUGUCUUUAAAGGGAUUAUACGUGUUGUAUUAAAAGCCUAGUUAAUUCUGAGUAUGUUUGUUAUAGCAUGGCUUAACCUCGUGUGCUUGAUAAGGGAAUGCAUGGCUUUGUUUAUACUGUCACCUGCCACAACAUUUUGGAUGCCUGGGCAACCAAAUACAACAGCUCUACCUUGAAAUCUACUUUAUGCUCUUCAAUUUUGGAUUUUUUGUUUGUCUUCAACAAUAAGUGUAAAGCAUAAUAAUCGCCUAUCUGUUCAUGUCAACAAAACCUGAAUUUGUUAGAGUAAAUGUGUGGUAGAGCUGCUGUAUUAAGUUGCAUUUGGUUGCACAGAUGUUCAUAAUACUUGAGGCUUUAGUACAAUUCCUCGAGGUUCUACACUUGUUCUAUGACAGCUUUGAAUGGCUGAAGGGUUUUCAGUGAUAUCAGUGAACCUGAAAAUUGCAUGCUCGUGAAUUGAAAUAGUUGUAAAGUUUGAACGAGGUGUCUUUAAAGGGAUUGUAUGUGUAUUACUGAAAGCCUGGUUGAUUCUUAGUAUAACCCCGUGUGCUUGAUAGGGAAAUGCAUGGCUUUGUUUAUACUGUCACCUGCCACAACAUUUUGGAUGCCUGGGCAACCCAAUACAACAGCUCUACCUCAAAAUCUACUUUAUACUCUUCAAUUUAGAAUUUUUUGUUGAUAUGGUCAGACAGGUGAUUUUGAAGUCAGUUGCAUUAAGUUGUUAUUCAUAUAUAUCUUCCAAUAAAACAUACUCCACAGUGUCUUUAACAAUAAAUAUGAAGUAUAAUAAUCGCUUGUCUGAUCAUGUCAACAAAACCUAAAUUCGUUCGAGUAAAUGUGUGGUAGAGCUGCUGUAUUAAGUUGCAUUAGCGUCCACGGAUGUUCAUAAUGCUGUUGCAGGUGAAUGUAUUAAUGCUUGCAUCUUUAUCCACUUAACACAGCCUCGAUUCAGUGCAUGAUGCAUAUUAUAUGUUAUUAGACAUUGUUUGUAAUUUGCAGAUGACGAUGCAGGUAGAUUUUUAUUCAUAAAGUCAAAGAGUGAAAACUUCCAUCCUAACCCUGUACUCUUUUAUAUCGGCUCUACUGGGGACCCUGUUGCAGACCUCUUAAAUUGUAGCUGAGUUUUGAAGUUCUGAAUUUAAAAUUUUUCUUGUAUUUGACAAUCUCUUUUAAAAAACAGUUGGCUGUUGUGAUAUCUGUAUGUUUUCCUUGUUACUUGAAGGGUAUUUUUAUCUCACUAAAACUUCUUUUUUUAAAUAAAUUUUGAACAAAUAAAGUUGAACAAAUUUUGAACAAAUAGCCAUGACCGUAUAAAACAGAUAGUUCUUAUUUCCCUCAACAUCACAAGACGUUUUAACUCGUUCUUGAAGUUUUUGCUAACCCCUGUUUCUGUCUGUCUUUUAUUCUCUUGAUUUUCUGCAGGAUUUCUCGUCUACCAAAGUGCUAAAGGCAUGAAGGUGAUCAGUCCUGGCUGCUCCCUGUGGUGAGAUAUCUGUUCCGUCCCAAAGCUGAAAAGCCAAGACUGCAUGAAGAGUGAAGGACAGUAGGAGAGGAAGAAGAGGAGAAUAACACGGAGGAAAAAAGAGUCUUGUGGAUUACUGUAAUUCAUUGAAAACUCACUGUUUUGACUUCAUCUUUGUUUUUGAGGCACUUAUUUCAUAUCUUGGAGACAUGACCAUCUUCCAGAACUUGCAUUGAGACUCAGCUAGUUUGCCAGUGACUGUUUUUAAAUAACUACUUAUAGGUAUUUUGCCACUGGCUAAGAGGGGAACACCUCCUCAGAAGUUCCUCUGACCAGGAUCUACUCUACCCUACCUUGUGUAUUGCGGGAGUUUAACUUGCUACACUUACCUCUUCCUUCACCCCCCCUGCUUCUUGCCAGGGACAUUCACCUGGCUGGGAGUGGGUGGUGGGUAGAUUGUAUUUUAUCGGGUGGAGGGUUGGUAGGGGUUUGUGCUAUGGUCAGCUGCUCAUUACCGUGCUGCUCAUACUCAGCUUCUGGGGGACUCUCUGUACGACCCCAGGACAAGGGAUAGUAAGCAGGCAGAGGGCAAAGAGCAGGAGGAGGCGGCGCUACGGCGCAGGCCAGGUGUUCCUUGGCUAAAAGUAUCUUUUUUUGUGUGUGUGGUCAUUGCGGUGAGGCCCCUGGGUCCCCGCACACACUCAAACCACAGCCAUGGUUAAACUGGCAAACCCAAUGUACACACAAUGGAUCUUAGAGGCCAUCAAAAAGGUAAAGAAACAGAAGCAGCGACCAUCAGAGGAGCGCAUUUGCAAUGCCGUCUCCAUGUCCCAUGGCCUGGACCGCAAAACGGUUCUGGAGCAGUUAGAGCUUAGUGUAAAGGAUGGCACCAUCCUAAAAGUCACCAACAAAGGUCUCAACUCCUACAAGGACCCAGACAACCCCGGGCGCUUGGCUCUGCCCAAGCCCAAAAGUAGUGGCAGCUCUGGAGGAGGUGGUGGUGGAGGAGGAGGUGGAGGUGGGGGCAGCAGCAGCGGUGGCGGCGGCGGUGGAAGUUCUCAUUCCCAUUCAGGGAAGAAACCAGGACUCGACUGGAACAAGCUGAUCAAGCGGGCUCUGGAGGGACUCCAUGAGCCGGGCGGCUCCAGCUUAAAGAACAUUGAGCGCUUUCUCAAAUGCCAGGCCGAUGUGGCGGCCUACUUAUCGGGCAGCGGCUCUAUGGGGCCCGGUCUCUUCCACCAGCAGCUGAGGGUGGCCCUGAAGAGGGCUGUGACUCAUGGGCGUGUGGCCAAGCAAGGUCCGCUGUUCCAGCUCAUCAGCCGCAGCAGCUCUCUGGACGAUGGGACUGGGACAGUGUCCCUCGAAUCUCUGCCACCGGUCCGGUUGUUGCCUCACGAGAAAGAUAAGGUAUUGUACCGCACGCACGCCUGCCAAAAACAUGUCAAAUUAUCUGUAUAAUUCUGGACCACCACACAUUGAUCAAAUACAUCAGAUUGCAAACAUCUGUUCACAUUUGUUAUUUGGAUCAUUUGCAUGUCGAACUGAUGUGAUACACACACUGUAGAUACUGCUGACUACUGUGGAGAGUUCUGACAUCCUACUUGUGUGGAAUGAUAAAUUGGUGUCAGGCACUUUGGUACGCUUUGUCUGUGAGGAUCACUGUUGUUGUCAGAGCUGUUUCAGAAGAGUCUGCAACAAGGAACAGGAUGUACUCCUAGUUUUAUAACUUUUUGAAACAAAAAAAAGAAAGAUUAGAGAGAAAAACCCUUUCUGAGGUUGUUUGUUUUACACAACACAGAAGCCUGUCGUAUUACAGCUGCUGCACAAACAAGACAAGACGAUCUAGAGUCAUCCUCUGAGAAUACUGGAGACAUGAACACUGCAUUUUCUGUGCUUGUUUCUGUAGGUCAUGGCCUAUAAGGCUGUGAUUUCCUACAGUACAGUGAGUCCUUUAAGAAUUGAAAAGGUAGUUUUGUAUGAUAGAAUAUUUAAGUUAUUUUUGAACAGGCUGAGAAAGGUUGGGCGAUUGUUGAAAUCAGACAGGUGGCAGAGUGAGCAUCUUAGUGUUACAGAUAGGGCUGGGUGAUAAACUCAAUUACUAUUUUGGCUCCCCACAAACAUGAAGACAAAAUAACAGCGAUUACAUGAUUACUGUGUCACUUUGAGCUUAUUUUGGUCUAUGUGGUAAAUAAAGCUCCAAACAGGACUCACUUCAACUUGUAUUGACAAUGAGGAGGAGAGGGAGCCACAUACAGAGCCAGACUUUGAGUUGUAGUAGUAGUAGUAGUAGUUGUGAUCUUAUAAUCUUGAAAUCAAUAUGAUUAUUAUUAUAAUUUUUGCCGUAAAGGGGCAGCACUGGUUUAACAUAAUAUCGAUUUGUGGCAAAGACCAAGUAGAUUCGAGUUUGACGGACAGCACAGAAUAAAAUUUGCUAGAGUAAGAUCUUAUUAGCAGAAGCCAAGGGUUGAAGUUUGCUCCGGCCCAGGGGAGCUCUACUCGAGGGAAGCCGGUUAGGCGUGUAGUGGGCCCGUUUUUUAGCAGCAUUGGUGGAGGAGGAGGUCAGGGAAGAGAGUCACAUGGCUCCCAGCCUCCUGCAGGGAGUGUGGACCAGCUGCAGGGCUGCUCCCUGUCAGGAGCUGUCAGGAGAUGGAAGGAAGAAAGGAAGACAGAGAAAGAGAGGGAAGGGAAGGAACUCAGACAAGAGUGAGGGAGAGAGUAGUCUGUAGUGGUGCCAGAGGAAGAAGCCUGGAUGACGCAAGCCAAGGGCUUCUGUAACCAGAAAGCAGGAGCGAGGAGCAGACACAGAAGGAGAAGAAAGCGGGAGAGACAGAAUGAGUUAGGAGAGAGAGGGAGAGGCAGACAUGCAGGCGACAGAGGAGAGAGGGAACACACCCACUUCUGUAACCUGAUCAGAGAGAGCAGCCGGCUGCUGCCCUCUGCUUCUAAGGGCCACAGACAUGCACACAUAGGAGCGUACAACGGCGUACAACACAACAAGCACAGAACGGCGCACACAGACAUUAACACCGGACCAGUAAAUUCUGCCACACGACCGAACACACCCACACUGUCCGCAUGUCAUGAAUCCUCCGCGUCAGAUAAGUGCAGACAUGCAAACACACGUUCUAACAACGAACACAUAAAUAAACCCGUAAGAGUUACACACGGCGGUGUGUGCCAACAUAGUAGCCUAUCAUUGGGUCAUAUAUCACUCAGGUUAUCAGACAGCCAGCUGAUCUCGCAGACACAAGAGCAACCCUAAACACUGUUUUGACUGGCUGCUGGCUUUAUCUGGCUGUGCGUGGGCGUGUGUGUAAGUGUGUGUGUGCGUAUGCAAGUCUGUGUGGCACCAGAAGCUCCUGGUGAAGACCCGCACACACAUACACACACACACUUACACACACACACACAUACAAAGUAGGAUUAGCCUAGAGAGCAGGCUGGAGUCACAUGGGGUCUGCCUAACACAGUGACCUGCUUGGCUGCAGAUGGCCCACCUCUUAAGACAAGCGGAGAUCAACCUCCGCUUUUCGGUGACUCAGACACAGAUCAGCCUCACAAAAACACACGAAAAGACAAACAUAAUGAGCAACAGGAAUUAGCGGUGUAAUAGCACAAAAAAUAGCUUUGAUACAGGUGUUGGUUUUGAAGUCUGUGCUCGGUACAUUUUCAGUAAAGUGCAUAUAACUUAUUUACCUUUUUUAAGUUCAAGAACUUAAUGCAUUGUCUAAAACAAUUGUACCAUUAUUUAUCUAUAAAACAUAAAUAUCUUAGGGGUUAAAGGAGCAGUAAAAAACUAUUACAGCCGUGAAGAAGUGCUCAUUUGUGGUGGGAACGCACACAAGCCUCUCCACCUUUCUAUUGUGGUGUUACCGUCUUUAACUCUCGAGAGGAUGCAACAAUAUUGCCGCUCGAUCAUGUGUGUUUUGCACCGACUGUAGGUGUGUUUUUGAUGUGUGUGAUAGUCGGCGCCUGUGCAAGUAGCAUAUGCGUCAAGGAGAUCAUAACCGUGCACAAGAGAGACAGUCUGGUGUGUGUGUGCGAUCGCUCUCCGCUGCACUUCUCCGUGUCCAUUGAUGCAUCAUUGCCUUAUUGCCCGGCAUGAUUGCAAACAGUUAUGACUUCCCAAGGAACGAGGAAGAGCGAGAGUGUGUAAGUGAAGGCUGGAGGAGAGGAGGGGAGGGGGAGGAAAAUCAAAACAAAUGGCUGCGGACUAGCUCUGACCCCAUUCGUUGGGAGAUUUGUGUACUCAACAUGCUCAUGUUUGUGUCAGAGCGCUCCAUUCAAACGGGAUCCCAGACCCUAUUUCUGUCUCCCCCUCUCUCACCCUAAUAGGGUGCCAUUGCCAGGUCAUGAAGGGGGAGGUGAAUGGGGGAGUGAAGUCAACCAGGGGUCAUGGAUAUAUGGAUGGCAAACCUCAUUGCCUCCCUGAGCGCCCGUUAGCAGUAUGAGGCUACGACCAUUAGGUGGGAUGGGCUUGACGCUGAGCUUUUGUGUGUGUAUAUGUGCGGGUAUAUCGUUGUUUGUGUGUGUGUGUGUGUGCGUAUGAUGUUCAUCCCGUCAUAAUAGAGAAGAGCAAUCUCCCUGCCCUGCAGUUGCCCUCUUUUCAACAGCUGGAGUGGGGUGAACCAGAGUUCUCGAUGUCGAUGUGCAGUGUCACGGUGAGGACGUGUGAAAAAAGUCACUUGUGAACAACACACACAUUAUCCACUCGUGUUGUGCACAUGGUGUUAAGAUUGUGUUGAUUUCCCUCCUAAAAUGUCCCACUGACCUUUAACAGACAAACAUCCAAUGGUUCCUCUGCUGGAAAUCGCAGACCUCUUGCAUUCGGCGACUCUUAUUAGGAGCCAUAAUGGAUAUAUAUGUUGUCCUGUAAUUUUUUCAUUCUGCAUGUGUUGUAUCGACCCCCAACAAUUAUCCACACACACUCAUUAACUCAACGUGGAGACAUCAUGUAUUUCCACUCGGAGGACUGUGGCUACAGGAUUGCCUCACGUAUUAAUUAUGUGCUGUGGGUGCAGCAUUCUUCCCCGUCCACCCCCCUGUUGCUGCUCCAUCACUUUGUGGAGUCAGAGGAGAUGAUUUUGUGUUCGGGCUGCCUGGGUGUAAGAAUUCACCACUUUGCCACAGGAAUGCUGGGAAAAUGACUAAGCUGGUAGCCAUGAAAUGCCGUCCUCUGACUAGCGUUGUCAACCUCCCUGAAAAAAGUCUGUUUUUGACUCUUCUAGAAGUAGGUGAAGCUGGCAGAAGUUGUUUGACUCUGAGUGUAUUUCUUUGAUUUUCGUCUUUUGUUUUCUUGUUGCCUGAAGCCGGGCUGUAGCUGACAAAUUAUAAGUUCCUUGACUGUAAUGGCUUGUUCCACUUUCUGAAGGCACCAGCUGUAACCUCGUGCUUGGCUGCUGCCACAGACCCACUUCUUGUUUGACAUUUAAUGGCGCUCACAAGUGGAAAGAAUGGAAAAGCUGAAAAACAGUUUUGGAGAUUUCACACAAAGCGUAAUACUUCUUGUCCUACCUCUUGUGGCCUUUUUAUUUUGUGUGCACCUUCGAAGUGAUCGGUCUUCGUUCUGCUUCCAACACAAACAUAACCCUGUGGAUUAACGGUCGGGUAGAGAAAAAUUACUUUGACAUCUUAAUAUGAGAAUUGUGUCACCAGAAACUGUGUCUGUAAUCUACUAAAAACACUCAACAGACUGAGGAACAAAACUGUAGGUCCUUUUUAAAACCAAGGGUUAGUGUAACUGAUUCAUAGUCCAGCUGGUAUUAUUAUCUAAUACGAGCCAAAAACCACUAUAUCAGCAUCUAUCUGUUCUUUUUCUAUUGCACACUUAUUAUAUUAUGCAGAACAUGUUGUGCAGAAAGAGUCUUUGUAAAUGUUGUCAUCACUUACUCUGUUCAGAAAGCGUUAUCAACCCUCUGCACAGUUGUAACACUUACUACACAUAGGGGUGUCCUGACACGACAUUGACAUCAGAUAUUGGUCCGACAUCAGCAAAAAAAUGAAUAUUGGAUUAUAUCAGCCUACAUCUAAAAUCUCAGAUAUCAGCACUCCGAAACAAGCAGUCCAUUCCAGUCUCCGCCUUGGCACCUCUAUCGAGCAGCGCCCUUAUCCAGCAUGAAGAGCCCACAAAAUCACAACAACAGUGUGUAUUAAGGUACUAACAAAGUAGCAAAGUAGCAAAGAGUAGCAAAGAGUUGGAGAGAUGUCGGCCAUGUGGCAGUAUUUUUUGUUUAAGUCCGAAAAAGACAUAAAUAAUGAUAAUAAUGCAUCAGAUUUCAUAUAGCGCUUUAUCAGAGACCCUCAAAGUGCUUUAAAUUGGAUAAAUGAUUCAUUCGCUCACACAGUCACACCCUGGUGGUGAUAAACUACCUGCCCUGGGGCAGACUGAGGGGAAUGUGGCUGCCUGUCUGCGCCUACGGCCUCUCCGACCACCACCACGCAACACUCACAAUUAAACACCAGUGGAGGACACACACUGGGAGCAAGGUGGGUUAAGUGUCUUGCCCAAGGACACAACGAACAGACUCGGGAUAGGGGGAAUCGAACCGCCAACCUUCUGGUUAUUGGAUGACCGCUCUACCUCCUGAGCUACUGCCGCCACAAUUGCUUGGAUCAAUAUCGAUAUUGGCCGAUACUGAAGGCUACAAUAUUGUUAUCGUAUAGAAGUAAGAGAGUUGUAUCAGGACACCCCUAAUUACACAGUAUCAUAGCUGAGCUGACAGCCCACACUGGAAUUAGCUCACUCUAGGGAUGCCCUAAUCAGCUUGACCAGCGCCAAUUAGCACUGGUCUAUUUUUGUUGUUGUAGUAAAUGAACUAAAAGAAGUCUUCAGAUUAUUCCGUUUGACUAACUCCAGCUAGUAUUGUUGUAAAAAUCACAUAAAAUCAGAACUCUGCUCUGAAUGCUGUGAUAGUUGAAGUGAGGCAGCGGCUGAACAGUCAUGUAGACACACUAGGACAAAUGAUAACCAAAAACCUGAGUCCUCUACCUCAGAGAUUGUUUUUUAUGUUUCGAAGCGAUGAACUUAAACACUUCCUUUGUAAUCUUUUUGGGCAUGUUACACUCUCAAGCACAAUUAUCUUUCCUUUUAAAGUGAAAAUUUUAGUCAAAGAGCUGUUCUCUGGUGCCUGUUUUAAGAUGUUUUGUUAAAUUGAUGGCAUUGAAAGUGAGUCUAGGAUUGUUCCCACAAAUUGUUCUCAUUUUACAAUAGCUGACUAGAUGAUUCGAGUGAGAUGAUCGCUUCCAAACAGCUGUUCCCCAGUCCGCAUAUAGUCAUUCUUCCUCCUCAGUACCUGAAUAUCUCUAAAAUGUCCUGUUUUGCUCGUGUUUGGCUUCAGAUUUGCUCGUCGUGUGUCCCGUUAGCGCAGGUGUCUCCCUUUGACCCAACUGGCUGCAUUAAAAAAACAACCAGGAGCAGCCGCAGCUCGCCAAGAGUCUAUAGAAACAGCAUUAGCAGAAGUGUCAGCACCCAGGGGGAGCAGUUACCUCGAGCUCACCAGCGACUCUGAUGUGAAUGGCUUUUGGCACGGGAAGUGUAGCUGUGUGAGGCCGCGCGUAUGGCUAACCUUGCCGCCUCGCAAAUCGAGCCAAUGUGUUGAGCAGCUGUGGAAGUGACGGCUGGAGCGCGGCCAGCCCCGCUCCGUUUGAUGCAGUGAUUUAGCUCCGUGCUCCCUGGCUAACCUCGCUUUUAAUGGAGGUUGAUGCGCCGCUGAAAGGAGGGCAUGUUGGCACGACACAGGGUCCUCCUUAGGCUGGGUGUAGAUGUUGACUUGAAAUGCAGACCGGGUUAUUUUACAGCAUCUGAACUUCAAAUGGCAGGCUGACUCUUACAAGUGUCGGACAUCUGUGCAUAUUUUUUUUUACCCUCUUUCAUGAAAGUUUGACCGUCUGAGUUUCUAACUACCGGAGCAUUUAUUGAACAAUCGAUCAAUGAGUUUGUGUUCAAGGUGGGGGCAGUCGUGGAGGAAGUGCAGCAGGGGGAUGUGGAGAUCAGCCUCCCAUGUUAAUGAGAUCCUUGACUUGAGACCAAACAAGGACAACAGCAACACUUUCCUCUUCUUUUUUCCCUCCUUUGCCUUUUAUCUCCUCUCCCCCUCCCCCUUUCCUCCCCCUUCUCCAUUUCUCCUUCCCCUUUCGCCCUUCCUCUAUUGUUCCCGCUUUCCUGCUUCACUCUCAUGUCCUACGUCUCUGGAUAACAGGAGCUGGUUUAUAAAGGGGAAACUAGGCCACUGCUAGUUUGUUUUUGAAACCUAUUAUCUGGCUUACAAGGUCUCAUACAAUGCCGUACACGGUGUCUUGAGUAUUAACUCCAGCCCGUUGAAACCGAAACACUACAGGAUAUGUUUUAAAAUGUGCAUAAGUGAUCCAUAAAGCAUGGGUGGGUGUGUCGGCCGGGUCAUGCAAGGGCACUCUUACUAGUCCACGGGUGUGUGUUUGCGUAGGCGGUGCAUUUUUGCAGGAACCUUUAACUUGUAAGACAUGUUUGUAAAGCAUUUCAUGUCGGCCCAGUCGGUGCAGCUAGUUGCUAACGGUUGCCACAAGGCGUGUCUUCUUGGCUCUGAAGAAGGUUUUGUUCCAGGAUCCUCCUUAACGUUUUGGAAAAAAAACGAGGAGCCCAUGCCAAAACAUGAACACACGGGCUUAAAAUAGACGCGCACGCCUCCACAGACACUCACACACACACAAACAUCGUAAGUCAAAUGUCGGCCAUGAUACCUCGCUCAAACAGCCAGUGGAUGUGAGAAAUUUCUAGAGUGCCGCUCUGGUGUAAGAGCAGUCCUGGCAGCCGGCGCUGGCAGAGGUAAAAAAGACCGAAACGGGGAGGGAAAACGACUCUCAGGAGGAAUUUGAGGAUUGUGUUUCGCCGUCCCAAUAUCCCUGUCAUGGAGGGGGGGGAUUAGCUUUUCAUUUUUUAGUAUCUGGAGGGGAUUAAUUUACAGUGGCAGCCAGUAACUGAAGCUGCACUGUAACGUGUGUCUCUAUAUAAGCUGUCUGUGUGUGUGUGAAAGGCAAGCUCACUCGCCCGCUCCCUCCCUCUCUCCCUCCCGCUCAGCUCGUGUUUACUCGAGCGCACACUGAGCUGAGCGGGAGCAGUUGACCUCCUCCAGCAGGGAGAGGGUUAAACGUCAAGGAAUGAUUGAGGUGCUGGUGGCACGCAGGCUGCUCAGAGGACUACCGCUGCAGAUUUCUCUGUUUUUACACUUUCCGGUUUUUUUUGCCCUUUGGAUGCUUAUUUUCGUCCUCGCUCUGUCUUUUCUUCGAGCAGCUUCUUCUUCCUCUCUACUCUUACGACGAGACUGCUGGUUCUGUUUGCAGUUCUCUUCGACAUGACAUCAGAUCAUGUGGAGAUUAGGAGUAAUUAGUUUUAAAAUCCAACAGUUAAAUCUGUUACAAUCACUCCUCUACGUAAUCCUACCUCUGAGAGCCGUACAUGUUUUCACAAAUAAAGAGCCGGUCUGUAUCUUCGCCUCUGCGCCCUGCAUUUCUCUGCUUAUCUGCUUUUCAUUCUUUACAACCCUCCUCUCUCUGUUUACCUCUCUCUUUCCCCCACUACCUCACUCCAUACCUUUUUGUUUCUCCUCCUCUCUCUCUCUGUGUCCGUGCGCCGUUAGCAGGCAGGGUAGAGGUGAAGCGGGAGGUGUUUGAAGCAGCCUGAGUCAGAAGGAAAUGAACCCAAUAAAUCAAGCUCUUGUCCCUGUCUCCUCCUUGCCAGGACCCGCUGCCUCUCUGGCUCUCUGCGGCUCUGUGCAUUUACACCAUUGUCAUGUGGAAAACCUCGUACCUCCCUCCUUAGCGAUUGUUUCAAGUGUAGAUGUUCCGCUUUGAAUAAAUAAUAAAAAGAUGUCUGAGGGGAAUUUUAUGACCUGAGAUGUGAGUACACUUCUGUCAUAUUGGCUGCUACCCAGCAUUACGUUGGUUUGAGGUAUGUGGUAGAAAAGACAUUUUUUUCUGCACAUAGCUACCCGUUGGAGUCCUAUCUAGGUUUUCUGGAGCUAAGACAGAUUAUAACCAAAAUGCAUUUCUAGUAAAAACACCAAUCUCUCUGUAGAAAUGCAGAAUUUGGAAUAUAACAGACUCUAACAUCUUUGUUUACUCCCGUUUCUGAUGUUGAAGUAUGUUUUAAAUAAAGUAAUUACUAAAGGCAUGUUAACAGUUAACCAACUACUCUUACAGUUAUGUCACAGCCAUGUGAUUUGGAGUCAUUCAGAUAGUGUUGUGGGCGGGACAGUAGGUGAGACAGACUGGUGACUGAAAAUAGACUCAGAGGGAGAGACGUACUGGCAGUGGAGCAGAGGUGGCACAAACUGAUUUCACCAACGAUCUGUAAAAUAAAACUCUGAUAUAGAUACCAGCCCAGAUGAUCAGCCAAGGCUACUAACUAGUACAUCCUUAGUUGGUGUGAUUUUAAACAGCAACAGUCCAAAAUAAACAAAAAUGAAACCAAAAAUUAACUCCUUGGCCUCAAAAAUGGUUGUUUUGGUGUUUUGGACUUUCAGCUCUCUCUCAGCUUUCAGACACCAAACAAAGACGAUCAUUUAACUCACAGUUAAUGGUAAUGAAUGACAAAAUAAUGUGUAACUGUAAAUGUGUAAAUUUAUAUCCAAGAGGAGUUGAGUUCUGGUGUGCCUGCAGAGAAAUCAUCUCUACCUGUAUUUUCAAUGUUUCGUACUUUUCAUGUCAGUUUUUGAGGGUCAGUCACUUUACAGACUAAUAAACUAAUAAAAAGCAUAAAACCAGGUGACAUACCUGUCUCUGUCUCUCCUGUUAUCUCAGACCUUCUGCAGUAGACAUAAUCAUAAUAUGUGUCUUUUAAAGCACCUGGCAAACUUUGUUCUCAGACCUGUGAACGAUGAGAGUCAGCAGUGCAGUGAGUGUGAUGGAGGGCAGAGCAGAGAGACACACAGCAGCCAAAAAGUGCAUUUUAGACUGCAAACAAGUACAAUGUGGGACCUUUCUUUACAUUUGUGCGAAGUGGUGUUUGAGUCUUUUCAUUCUUUAAAGUUGGCACACAGUUCCUCUGACCAGUGUUAACUUUUGGAAACUUAACUUUGUGUAAAUCGAGCACUUUUAAAGUUCAUGUGCUUGCAGGAGAAAACAACAAGUGGUUCGUUUUUAUGAAUAAAGAGUUUUUCAAACCUAUACUGUCUACAGAGAUUAAUCAUCAAACUUUCUGCAAAGACUGACAUUUGUAGUGAACUAUCUCAGUGUUUUGAAACACACACUAAUCAUCAUUUAACCACAAAACUUUCCCCUCAUGAAGGACAAUAAACAGCUGGCUAUCUCAGCCUCAACAGAACACACGCUCUGUAAACACAGCAGCACACUCAUCUGUUCUGAGCACAGCCUGUAAAAGUGAAAACAGUCCUCCACUUAAACUCUUCAAACCUGGCAGAAGAUGCUUGUUUGAAGGAAUGUUGUUAGUGUAACUUUUGCGCAGCAUUAAAAGGAUUUGGCUCCGCUAAGCUUGGAAAAACAUAAAUCCAACGCUUACUCCCUUGUCUUUCAUGGCAUGAAGAGUUUUCGUUGUAGGUAUUGCAGGGUGUGAAAACUUUGCAGUGCAACACAAAAGUGAAAAAUAAAAAAACGCUCUGGAUUUUUCCACCAGCCCGCGCAAAAAUGGAGAUGUGAGAGCUGUGUCACGGGGCAAGUCGUGUCAUGUUUUUAGGUUGGACCGUCAGUGAAGAAUGGUUUUCAGGUCCUGCUUCAGGAGGAUUUCUGCAUUCAGGCUUGUCUGUUUCAGGACGUUAUUGUAUCCAAUGUUCGCUCUACAGUUAGUUCUGUGUCAUCUCUCUUAUUCUCUGCACCUGUGCUCAAGUGAUGAAACUGCCGUCAGUGGCAUGUUGCAUGGAAACCAAAGCACCGUGUAACCAAUGUAAAAAUUAGUGCUGGUAGAUAGUGUGGGAGCUAAACUAAGUGUAACAGCAAAAGCCUCUUUUACAUUCCACAUAAACAUCAGCCCAGAUGUCAUGUGAUCUCUACAUAGUGGCUUUCUCACUGCUGCUCAAACAUAAAGAUGUAAAUGUGGAGGCAGAAACGCAAAAAAAAAAAUCACUUCAACAAAUACGAGCUUUACAGUCCAGCUACAAACGCUGAGUAAUCUUUUUCCCUCCAAAAUCGACAUCAAACAGACUUGGGGAUCAAAGAGAACUUGGCACAUUUUCGUUCUGUGUCAUGAAGGAUUAAGUUGUAGUGUGAUGUGUUUCAGCUAAUGUUCCUACUUGAAACACCACCUCGAACAAAGGAGGAGUUCCUCUGUUUUAUUGGUUUUGUAAAUGUUAGGCUAGGGCUGGGAGAUAAACCGAAAACGUACCGAUACCAAAAUUUAUGACAAUAACCAACGUCAUUUUGCCCAAAUCGGUGUAUUCGCUGUCAAAAAAAAAAUACAUAAAAGUUGGGUUUGGAUGUGUGUAGGUAGGCUAUGGUCUCGUGCCUACGUCAGAGAUGUGACUUCACCCCAUCCAGUCUGUAACAAAGAGGGAAAGACAGGUGAGGAGAUGGAGGACAGUUCAAAAGUUGUAGCGGCUGGAGCGGCGGCUGAAGUAGACGGAGUUUAAGUGGGAGGGGGUGAGCAGCUUGUGGAGUAGUUAUCGUCCAUUUAUCGUUAUCGAGGUGACCUGCUCAAUAUAUUUUGACAUUGAUUUGAGGCCAUAUCGCCCAGCCCUACAUUACACUAAUUUUUUUCAGUCCUCGAUACUUAUCAUACAAAAUGUUUAGAAACCAACAUAUGAUCAUGAUCGGUUUAAGGGCGCCCAUAGUCAGGGUUUCUACACAGUUGGAAUUUCCAUACCCUCAUUUUUUGUUAUUUUUGGACAUACCUUCUUUUCUAUUUUAGAAAACAGUUUUUUAGAACUGUGGUUAUAGCCUGGAAACACAAAUAUUUUCCCAUACUUUAUUUUUCAUUUUCCAUACUUUUGAAAACCUGGAAAUUGAUCAAAUUUAUUUCCAUACUCGCGUAGGAACCCCUGCGUAGUGCCAGUCUCAGGGUCUGUCUUUUCCCUGUUGUUAAACCCCUGUGAUGUUGAUAGUCAUAACCAUGACAGCGUCCAAUCAGAGAAUGGCGCUCGAUAAGGGAACGUGUCUGUCAGUUAAAAGACUUGUGUGAAGGCUGCUCUUGUGCAUCCUCACUCCUCUGGAGAUGCUUCUCACCAUGGCGGGUCUGUGACUUUUGUGCGUGCUGUAAGUUACCACAGAUGUAGAUUAGCUUUGCAGCUAACUCUGGCUGAGCAGUUGUGUUGUUCAUGCUCAAAAACACUAACUUAACUAAACUCAAGUACCUCUGGUUUAAUAAAAGACUCAGAAAACAUCGUUUAGGAGCUUUUGGAAAUGACCUCAUGACUUCUGGAUACUACAGGCUGCACUGGCACUAAUCUAGGCACCUGCCAGUGAACACUUGGUAUUUCAUCAAUUUGGAGAAUUUGGAUCCGCUUUAAAUGUGUUACUUGGUCAAAAGUAGGAUUAUAGGCAUUCAAUCCUUAUGUGGUGCUACAAAAGGAUUCUCAUGCAUUUGUCAGUGUCACAGCCCAGGUUUAAAUAUAUUUUCAUGUGUGACUUUUUAACAUCCUCCUAUCUGUCGUGAGGAUCCUGGUGCUGAGCAGUAAACAGAAAGUGUUGCUGAAAAUAACUCGAGGUAAACUGUGAAGUAGCAGUGAGCCACCUCUCUUCCCCCUCAGGGCUCUCAGGCUCCAGAAACUUUUCAAGGAGAGUCAGCCUCCCCCUGCCCCCUUUGUGUUUGUUCCUGUAAGAAGUUAACACCUGCAGAGCUUUAGGGAUGUGAUUUUUCAGCUUUAUCGGACACUUCUAUUUGACGCCCUGCAACAUGCUCAAUAUUCUCCUGAGAACAUGGAAGACGCUUGUGUGCAAAUUGAGAAACGUGUCGCCUUGUUCUGUCAUGAUUUGUGUUUUUCGGGGUAUUAAAUUUGCAUCUCGGACUCGGAGUGAACGUCCAGUACCAUGUUUCAGACUGAGUGCCGUUGUCCUGGAUUAAACCCCAUUAGACAUUACAACCAAAGGAAGUGAGUUACAGCCUCUCAUCUAAUGACAGGAGUCGGCUGAGACCUCGACACACGACGAGAGCUUCUAACAUGACAUGUCACAUAAAUUAUUCAAUCACACUCGUCAUUAUCACACAUUAAGCUUUUCAUUAUCCUAAAUUGUCUGCUCACAGAUCCACUCGCUCCAUAGUGUCAUUGUAGUUCCCAGUCUGCGCUCGUCCUUGUUAAUACACACAGCUCCACUCAUUCACCGUGGCAGCGCACACAAGGCCACUUUGUUGUGUUCAUUGUACAAUUAAGCUGUUAAGUUGACUGACAGUCUAAACUUUCUUCCCUCUCUCCCUCAUCCUUUCCCUUCUGCUCUGUCCUUCUGCCAGCCGGUGGCAGAGCCAAUCCCCAUCUGCAGCUUCUGUUUGGGAACCAAGGAGCAGAACCGCGAUAAGAGGCCGGAGGAGCUCAUCUCCUGUGCUGACUGUGGAAAUAGCGGUGAGUUCUGCUUUGUGAACAGACCUAGUUUUUCCCUGUACAGAACAACCAACAAAGCACCAAAACCUAAUCUUUAACCAAUCAAUCUGCAGAGUAUAGAUUUAAACCAGUCUGUAAAAGUGUCUAGAAGCUGUAGCCUUUAAGCACACCUCCUCUUUGACUCAUAUUUCAGUAACUCUCAACCUUUACUCACUCACUUGCAUUUACAGAUUUCGUAGCUCAUAAUAUUACACUGCAGCUGUCUGUAUUGUUCCCCCGUCAACUGAAAAUGCGACUGCUCUCAGCAUUUCCACCACACCUGGUGAUUUUAAUGCUCUAAUCACACACACGGUAAUUUCUGACGCUGCGUAUAAAAAUCAAAUAAAAGGCUGUAAAUCAGACCGAUUACUGCUGACACCACAGAUUGGUGAGAUUACACGACUAAUGCUUGUUGACUUUUGGUAUGAUGUGGACACAUUUGCUAAAUUUGGUGCAGCAUAUCAACUAGAGUGAAAUGUUUGUAUGAAAUGAACAUGUGUAACCCUUUUUUUCUUGUUUUUCCAUUUUGAAAGUGUUUCACUCUGUGUCUGCACAAUAUUGGCUUUUCACUGAUAUUCAUUGUGCAGAUGCAGAUAUUUAUUGGUGCACAUAAGCUGUGAUCAUAUUAGGGCUGUCAAAAUUGCUCCAAAAUGACAUUUGAAUUAGGGAUGUUCCCAGCGGUUAAUUUCACUGACGUUUAAACGACCAUUUUGAAACCAAAUAUUUAAAUACACGAAAAUUAAUUAACUCCCAGAAAAUGGCCCAAAUUGAGCAUGUCGCUCUAGACGGCCAGAUAUCAUCUGAAAUUAAUAUUAAGAGUACAUGAAAGCCAUGCUUACAAUAUUAAAAUAUGUUACAGACUUUUAUUUUAGUGCUGGAGAAUGACAUAAAGUAUGUGGAAGUCUUCAGAGUCAGACAUCACGUUCAACAACGUUUAUUUUCUGAACUAGACUAAAACUUUGCUCUUUUUUUUUCUCACCGACAUCGCUCUGGCUGAUCGCAUGUGUUAAUUCACUCUGAGGAAUUUAACCCAUGAUGCCAUGCAUGCUGCAGGCCAGCGCUGCGAGCCAGGCAGAAAGAGUCGCACGCUUACACAGCUUGCAUAUAACUUAAUCUCGCUCAGCAAUUUUUUCGUCUCCCAUGUCUGCCCAAAAUUCAAAGAAUUUCCAAACGGAGCUUCUAAAGUUUGUUGGAGUCCAGACUGCUCGCUCGGAGUUUGGCUCCAAACAUCCCUCCAUCUCUCUCUGCAUGUGCCACUGACGGUUUUUGUCGAGUCUCACUGCAGGUGCAGCUCCUGUGACCUUUGCCUGACCGUCGUUACAGUCCGCUCACUCGCAAAGCAGCCGCUGUUUUUUUUCCCCAAUCAGUUUUUUCCUGCUGUUUAUAUAAUAUUAAUAUGUUAAUUUUCACAUUUGAAUCUCGUUUUUUUUAGAAAUAUUUGAAUAUAUAUUUGAAUUUAAUAUAUUUGUUGACAGCCCUGGAUCAUAUUACUUAUGUGUCACAUUAUUAACCCUACAAUAUGCCAGAAAAUUUCACAUCUGCAAAUACCAAUAAUUCUUAUGAUGUUAUAUACUAAUGUCAUUACAGGCGAUACUUGUUGAUCUCUGUUGAUAGAGGGAAUAAGGGGGGAAAUGAUCCAUAUUUGCAUCAUCAUUUAAAAAGAAAUUAGUUUGAAACGUCUUCAUGUAAGAUAUCUGCAGAAUACCAUGCAUCCUUUAGUGUCUGUAUUCUUAUAAGUGGUUUCUGAAUAAUUGAGCAGAUCCUUCAAGCGUUACUUCCCACACAUUUCAAAGUUCAGCGGAAAAGUUCAGUCGACUCUCGAGCUUGACUUUCCGAGGAAUUCUUGAACAUUUUUGGUCAAACGGAAACUUUUCACUGCAGAUUGUCACGUCCACUUCUUUUCCCGGUUAUAUUUACACUGCUCCUUAAACUUUAUUAUGUACUUGAAUCAUUUCAAAGAGUAAAAACGAGCUCACUUCCUUGAGGAAAUAAAGACCUUCAUUGUUCGAUCUAGAGUUGUUCUUUUUAGUGGUUUAGUUUUGCUAUUUUGGUCUUUUUUUAUUAAGAUUUCUGCCGCCUUUUAUGGUCAGGAUGCUAAAAAAAAGAUGACUAAGAUGAAAUAUAAUGACUGUAAACACAAACACUCUUCAGUUUCAGGGGAAAAAAGGACUCAGUUUUCCCCUCAAAGAUUCCUUUUCUCUCAGAGGAGCUGUAAUAAUCGCACUGAUAUUGCUAAGCAGAGGAGCAGAGAAGAUUUUGUUCCUCCACUUCCCUCCCUUGGUUUCUGUCCCAGACAUGGCGUUCUUGUUUGCUCCUCUUCAAACGGAGCAGGAGCACCACUCUGACAGAUUGUCAUUUAUGUUUGAACACUCUUUAUGCAGCCAGGUUUGAUUCAGUGAGGGCUUUCAAUUCCAAAAGGAGUUUUUUUUUUUUCUCCCUCCUAAAAUGAUGCAAGUGGGUCACAGCUGUCAGUCAACAGCAACAAAAAAACAGCCUGUGACGUUGACUCACUCGUUUGUGUAUGCCUGUGUGUGUGUCUACCUGCAGGCCACCCGUCCUGUCUCAAGUUCUCCCCGGAGCUCACAGCGCGAGUCAAGGCUCUGUGGUGGCAGUGCAUCGAAUGCAAGACUUGCAGCAGCUGUCAGGAUCAAGGGAAGAAUGCGGUGAGUGGAUGAGCAAAUACGUGAGACCGGCAGCCCGGCGGAGUCUGUGAACACCCCGCUUCUGCUUAAGUGCCAGAUUGAGAUGCUAAUAGAUGUAUCUGUGGUCCUGGGAUUGAGCUAUUUUAGUCCGCCUCAGCAUGAUCUCACUUUUUUCGCCUAUUUGUCAAGUGAAGAAUCAUUAUUAUUCAAAUGAUUGUGGGGAGGUUUCACAGCAAAAGAUGCACCAUGAUAAAAUCCAUCUGCUAAGGGGAAAUUAAAAUGGAAACAGACUGCGGAGUAAUUCUGCUUUUCUCAGUCAUUUAAUAAGCCUGUCCUCGAACAAAGGACACAGACUCUGGUGUACACAUUGUAGGUUUCACGUUUGUUUGUCAUGUGUAAUAUCCAAGGCUCAAACACAGUAAAUAUUCUGAAUAUUUGUACACUGUGUGUGUGUUUUGUUGAACAGGACAACAUGCUGUUCUGCGACUCCUGCGAUCGAGGCUUCCACAUGGAGUGCUGUGAUCCCCCCCUCACACGGAUGCCAAAAGGUAAAUGCUCCUUGAACUCAUCAGGAUGAAUCACUUUUCAAUCACAACCAUGAUCCUGGUUUUUGACGAUCACAGAAACAAGAGAAUCAAAAUGAAACGGCUGCUCUACACUCGCUUUGGCGCAUCUCUUACUGGACUCGCAGUCUGGCAUACUAGGCUGAUACGACUGAGCCAGAAUACAUCAGCCCAAGUUAAUAAGCUACAAAUGUGAGAGUGCAAAGAGGAGUAGCUUCAGUAUGGUAAAGAGAGGAGAGCCGCACAUAACCAGAGUGAGGAUACAUACACGUGCAGAGCUCGCCAGAUUACAGUAACAACCUCUCUCCAGCAUCCUAGUGGAGCUCUCGAGGGACACGCUGUUCAAAAAUGAGAAAGCGUUUACACAGGACAGCAGUCCCAUGACUGAGAUGUCAACAGUGUGGAAAUAUUUUUAACGAGACAGUGAGUACAGUCUAACAGCCACUCGUAAUAUCUGCAGCGCAAUUGUUUUUGUGAGACAGGAGCAGCAGAGCUGUGCUCAGUACUCCUAAUUUCACAGGACGUCUAAAAACUAAACGUGUAUUUCUGACACGCUCACUUAAGCAGCAGAAGGAAAAACGACAAACUGAAUAUCCAAGAAAGAGACGAAUAGAUUCCAGUGAAGGUGGCUGAAUUCGUCUCUGUGGCACAGAUUGCAGGUUGGGCUGCUUUGCUCUGUGGUCUGAACUCCACAGGAUGCUUGAAGUUUACAGCAAAGUUUGUGUCAUCUUAGGAGGUGAUUUAAACGACACUGUGACCUCUGUUAGUUUCACCAGACAGCUAAUAUUUGUCCCGACUCAUUCAGCAGAGCAUAUAAAACAGAUAAUAUUUGAGUAUGCCAGUUGAACAAUGCUAAAUGUAAGAAGCUGGAAACAUUUCAAUUUUGCUGGAAUGAAGCAGACUUACCUCUUUACUACUUACUCAAAGCCUUUUUUUCACGUCUACAUCUGUGAGACUUACACAGCUGAUAAAUAAUUAUGGAUAUCUUCAGAUGUGGUCUCAAACUCUAAUGUAGCACCUAAUGCUUCACCGGUAAGUGCUAAUAUAUGCAAUCUAUCUCAGAGUGUGUUGGUAUCUCCACUGAUGCCUGUCUCGUCUAAUCCACCUCAGUGUAUGUGAGCCUGUGCUUUUUUCUUCUCCCAGGCAUGUGGAUUUGUCAAAUCUGCCAACCCAGGAAAAAGGGAAAGAAGCUUUUACACGAAAAGGCAGCACAAAUCAAACGGCGCUACAACGCACCGCUGGGACGGCCCAAGAACAGGUAAAGAAAUGGAUUUAGCUGAUGGCGUCUUCCUCGGUGUCAGUGCUGCGGAGAGUCGCAGCAAGGUGUCAUGUACCUGUUUCAGCGGAGUGCAGAGAAGCUAACUGAUGUGACGCCCACUCAGCAGUGAGCUGGUGGAUAUUUUUUUUUAGCGUACUGAAAGGUUCAGUUUGUCAUACACAGCUGAGGUACAGAAAUGGUCCCUUAAGCAGAGAUCAGGAUCCAUCAAACUCCGACAUCUCUGAUUCCCAUCUUAACCAAACUCCUCUCUGCUCCCGCAGGCCGGGGCGGCCCUUCAAGAAACUGGGCGGUCGGGGUCGGCGGAAGCGCUCAGCUUCGGCCAACUCUUCCUCCAGCUCAUCCUGCGAAGGUUACCCCGGCGACGACAGGCUGCUAUUUUCGCUGCGGGACGACGACGACCUGUCGCAGAGCGGCCUGCGCUUCAACAACAAGACCAAGGGCCUCAUCGACGCGCUCACCAAGUUCUUCACACCGUCCCCUGAGGGCCGCAAGGCACGGCAGGAGGUGGUGGACUACUCACAGCAGUGCCGCAUCCGGAAGAAAUCCAGUCGCAAAGGGGACGGAGAUGACAGAGGUGGUGAGGAUGAUCAAGAAUGAAGUUAUCAGAAAACCGCUUUAGUUAUUAUCAGAUAUUAGACUUCCUAAGAAAAUAGAUCAUCUGUGCUGAUGAAAUCAUAUAUGUGGCGUGAGUGUCCAGGGCAGCUUUGGAGCUGCAAUUUAGGAAAUGUGAUGUAGUGUAAAUGUGCAAAGCAUUUUGGGGGAGAGACCAGAUUAGCAUCACUUUUUUUUUUAUGCUGCUGUUCCUCAUUAAGAUUAUGCUUUUAAUGAAAACUGGUGCACCAGGAAUAUGAAGGUAAAGAAACCCUAUAAAGAGCUGGUUUGAUUAAUGAAAGUCUCAGUGGAUAGAUUUAAGGCAGCAGGUUUGUAUCUCACCUCUGUCUGCACUACCACAGGCUGUGUUUAUGUGCAGCUGGCAGUAAAACUCUUCAUACAGGAACACAGUUUAGACCCCUUUCCCUCUUUUUAGAGAUCUCCUCCCUGAAACAAACUGCAUCUUAUUGCACUUUUUUAUAUUCCAGAUUUUAAAGACCAUAAAAAAUGAAUGCACUCUAUUUUUACAAAUGACAUCAAGCUCAUUUGCACCAGCACAGUUUUUAUUAUCAAUGAAAUGCAUGAAAAGUAGGACAUGAAUGUUUCCACAGCAUUUGCACGAUUGACAAAUCAAGUUGACAAUAAAACCUACAGAGAAUAAAUCUGAGGCAAUAAUACAAACACAUCCAGUGACUAAAAAAAGUAAAAUAUUAGGACGAUGUAGUUUAAAAUCAUGUUUAUCAUUUAUAUAAGACCACUCAGCACUUAUUUGUGUAUCAAUUUAUUUGUUAACCAGCAGGAAGGAAAUAAAAUGUAACAUCCAAAAAGCAUUUCCAUAAUAUUUCUUGGCUAAAGUUGCAUUUAGAUAAACGAUCAGCAUAUGAAUAUUAAAAAACACAGUGUAUUUAGCCCCUUUUCAUAUACACUGCUGCGUUGUUACUUGUCCCAUUAUUCAAAAAGUGAAGCUCUUACCCUGAUGGUGUUUAUUUGAAAAUAAUAGACGGAUUGUAAUAAUGGCGUCAAAUUUAUUUGUAAUUUUCCGCCUCAGAAAGUGAUUGCUUUUUGCAUCAAAAGAAAUAGCUUUAGAGUUUGAAGUGGCUACCUGCAGUUCUAUUCCCACUGAGCUUUCUGAAGCCCAGAACACACACAGAGUCUUAAGUACAGAAAUAUUUUAUUUUUUUUAAAAGAGGGAGAGAAUUAGAGAGCAUUCGCUUCAGGUUUUACUGGCACCAGUGUCUCUAUUCUGACCCAGUUAGAGGAUGUUGUUGAAUAAUGUAUGAGCAGGUUUUAAAGAAUUUAAAAGGAAAAUAAUCUUCCAAAAGAUUUGUUGUCCUGCACGUGAAAAAAAUUAGCCACAUUAACUUCAUCAGGAGGGUUUAGUUGAUUAAAAUUUGAUUCAGUUUUCUUGGUGAACAUUUUGUACAAAGACUCUCAGGAGGAAAUAUUCACUUUAAGCAGCCAGCAAAGAAGCUCGAGUGAAUUGAGACUCCUUGUUUAAGAUCUUUGUCCCCUCUGUAUUCGAUAGUAUAGAUAGAAAAAACAUGUUUAAUUAUUAGAGUUUGUUUAAGGGUAGCUGUUCACCAUGUAAAAAAAAAAAAAGCCUCUAUUUCUGUCGGCUGUGGCUGAAGUACGACGAUCAAACUAAUUUAUUUGGCACUUUGGUUCUGUGUCUACCAAGCUUGUCACAAGAUUUGCAUUAACUCCGUGUCCAUAUUUCAACCCACAGACAAUCAGGACGGCAGUGACUGGCGUGACGAGGAUGAAAAACUGCCGGGUCACGAAAACUUGACGGAAAAAGACAUCGAGCUGUUCAGACAUAUCCAGGAGCUGGCGCUACAGGUACACAAAUAAGAUAUCGAGUGUCUUAAUCAUUGGGACGGGAAUUAGACUGAAAAAAGGGAAAGUAAGGAGCGGUAUAGAGGCCGGUUUGUGGAGUGACUGACAGUGAGACCCAGUGAAGUGAUUAAACGUGGUCACACUCAACACACACACUUUGUGGGUGGAGGAGUCAAUGAGCUGGAGGAGAGCGCUGUGUUUCUGUAGUGCAAGAAUUUAAUUUGCCACAAAGCGGCUGCUACAUUCAGCACGCAGAUAGAAACCAGCCAUCAUCGCUGAUAAAGAGCAUAUUGAGUACAAAGAUGAGCUCCAGCAUCGGUGAAAGGUUUGGUGUAACCGACCAGAAGAUGGAAAUGUUAGGAGGUAAUUAAAAUCCAGUGUUUUUACUACACCGCUGUGAGUAAAGGCUGGUCGGUGUAACUGCUGCUGAAGCAUGUCAGUCAAUCAAUCAAACUUUAUUUAUAAAGCACUUUCCAUACACAGAAUUUAGCACAAUGCUGUCCAUUCAAGCAGGAUAUUAAAGUAAAAUAAAUACAAAUACAAAUACAGAACCUCACCAAACCCUUCCUCAACCUACGCACACACAGAUGCACGCACAAAAGACCAGGGGAGGACUCUUAAACCUGCCACAGAUGACUGAGAAAAUACUAUCUUGAGUUAAAAAUGAGGAAACACUGGACCUAGGACUAAAGCGAUAAAACCAUGAUAAGAUAUAAUAAAGAUAAUAAAGCGUUAAAAGUGAAUCAAAGUUAAUGUGUCUCCUCUUGUUGAAGUUUAGCUGUUGAUCUCUUUGAUAGAGGAAACAUUAAACACAACAGCUGCAAUGAUGACGUUCUGCACUGACACAUGAGCCCUCUCGGUGUACGCACAGUGAGGAAACACUCACAGGCAGCAUGUUUGUCGUCGUGGAAGUAUAUAGUAAUACAGUAUAUUUAAACAUAGUCUCAUAUGACUGAAGACUCACACCAGCUUUUAGAUCACCCCUGCUGACAGAGCAAUAAAGUUUAUGAUGCGUGCAUGCUUUACACAGCCCCCAAAGUCAAGUUGUCCUGCUCGCACAGCUAACUCAGCAGCACCUACAAAUACCUGGGUGCUCGGCAAGCGAGUGGACACAGCCUCAGACCUGCUCCAGCGAACUUCUGACAGAACUAAGGCAGAAUAUCUGGUCAGGCAGAACACUCUGCUUUCCUGUGUUAUAGGGAUAUUCCAGUGUAAAAUUAAGUUAGUGUAAACAGUACCCUAACAGUACAUACAGGGUCCCAGCCAUAGUACUAGCCACCAAAAAUCUUUUUAGCUUUGCCUAAUUUCUCUAGCAAAGAGACUAAACACAACUCACCCACUCUCUUCCAGCAGCUGCUUGUUUGCAGGGGGAGCUCGGGCGAGUCGAUCACCGAGUGCAGCGAAGUUUCGCAGCUCAAGAAAGAACAUUUAUGAUAAUUUUUUCAUGGAAAUACAAUCAGACCGAGACGCUAAGGCAGAAGAUUUGCCGCGUCUGCAGUGCAAAAUGAUAAAUUUGGUGAUUGUUACUUUAAGGAAAUGAUAAAGAAAUGAUCAUAAAUGUUGUUCCUUGAGCUGCGAAACUCCGCUGCACUCACACACUGCAUCCUGCGGUCGUUACUAAAGUUGGUAUAACUAGAGAAGCAAGCGGUCGGCAACAUUCAUCUCUCGACGGGGCGUCUAACUCGGUGUUACAUGUGUUUGACCCUAACUUAAUUUUGCACUGGAAUAUCCCUUUAAGGUGUCAUUUAUACUGUUAGUUGUGUAGUGUGGUCACUUCAAGCAAAUGCAAAGAACUAGAUAGGUUUGAUGUCUGUUGUAGGUGACUGUAUUAACUCUCAUGUGGUCUGUUUGGUCCUACUGUGUUGUUGAUGUUGUCCUUAAACUCUUCAUUUCCCUCCCUUUUCUCUCUUGUCUUUGCACACAAACAGAAAGUCGGGGUGACGGGUCCCCCAGACCCUCAGAUGCGCUGCCCGUCGGUCAUUGAAUUCGGAAAGUUCGAAAUCCAGACGUGGUAUUCAUCCCCCUACCCCCAGGAGUACAGCAGGUAACAAAUCCGGCAUAAUGAAGCACACCAGAAUAAUGCUCUUAGCUCUCAGCUCUGCUUGUAGGCGUAGAAAUUAGCAGCAGCAUGAUGGAGCUCAAUUAUAAUAUCAUUUACAGUACCACCUACUUUGGCAGGUAACCAGCCAGAGCAGGGGAGGUAAUUAGAUUCAGAUUUUCUUUCAUCCAUGUAGCUGGUGAAUAAAAUCCACCCUGCUGACUUUUAAGAAAUUAACUUUCAUUAGGGGCAUGAGGUGUCAAAAAAAAAAGACAAUAAACAGAGCGAAAGUGCUAAUUUUUCAUCAAAUGACUUAUUUGAUUAUCCAAGAAAAAGAUAUUCCAAGUGAUGAGCUUUUCCUCACACAGCUGCUCUAAUGACUUUUCAAAAUCACCUCUCACUUUUUUGUUGUCCUCCUCGCGUCUCUUCCAGGUUACCUAAGCUCUACUUGUGUGAGUUCUGCCUGCGCUACAUGAAGAGCCGCAGCAUCCUCUACCAGCACAUGAAGAAGUGCAGCUGGUUCCACCCUCCCGCUAAUGAGAUCUACAGGAAGGAUAACGUCUCGGUGUUCGAGGUGAGGAUCUGUUGCAGGGGAGAGUGGGAGUUUUUGUUUGUGGUCGUUACUGAACAGGAAGACCAAAACAAAGAUCAAACAGCGCGAGUGUGUGAAACUGUGACCCUGAAAUUGUCAGAUGCCUGUUUAAUCCACUUGAGAAUUUCCUCUGUACUCAGUCCUCUAAUUGCACAGAGAUUUUUAGGUCUAAAACCUUUAAAAACAAAAUGAACUGUAUGUUUUCUGUACUGAUAAGUCAGCUAUGGUUACAGCUCAGUAAGACGCUCAGGGAGAAUGCAGGGCUCGAUGGUGUAACCGUUUCACUCUCAUUUGUGACUAAAAAUACCCGUGUGGGAAUUGUAGAAUGUAUUUGGGAGCACGUGUGCGCAUUAAAAAAUCAGCUGAGGCAACAAGUGUUUUUUCAUGUUAAUACCGCGAUGAAGUUAGUUUUAGGUUGGAUAUCCGACUGACAUUCACUGCGGGUCUACCGGGGUCUUCUCACUCUCCAUAACUGGGAACGGCAACAGCAGCGCGGUUAAAGCUACUCUCUGGCAGUGUCUGGUGUUGAAUAAGGGACCAUCAAUAAAUUACUGUUUGAUGUUCUCAAAAAAGGCUGUUUUCCUUCAAUAGCUUCCAUGUCAUGUGACCAAGUGAAUUGAAAUUGAUUUUAAGUAAUACUGAGGUCGGACAAUAAGACUCUUUAUUUCCCUAAUUUGUCCUCUAAAGACUUUUGUAUUAAAUUUUCAGGCACAUUUUGAACAUUUUCUUCAAAAGCUUCCAUUUCAUGUGACCAAAAGACUUAAAAUUGAUUUCAAAUAAUAGUACUCAUAUCAAUCAAUAAGACACACAUUAUUCGAUCAAUUUUCAUUGUGCCCCUAAAGUUCUUUGUGUGCUCCUUACUUUUUCAACUUAGGAGCACAUGUGCUUCUUGUAAAAACAGUUAGUGUAAAGCCCUGGAAUAUCAUAUAUAUUGACAAGCGAGUGUCCAUCAUCGUUUUAGUAGGAAAAGGUUACGCCCCCUUACCACUGAACCUUCUUCUCGUUGAACUCUUCCAUCCUGUACCAUCACAAACAAAGUCUCUGUCUUUCUCAUUCGAUUCUAAUUUAUUUUUUUAACACCACCGUAGCUGUCUUCAACUUGAUAAAUCUACCAAAUGCUGAUGACUCAAAUUCCUCAUGGCGGUUGGUUGACUUUUCCUCCAACUUUGUGCAGGCUGGGGGAGUUACUGUAAUUAUUAGACGAAUUCAUAAUUACUAUUUACAGAAAAGCCGUUUUUCUGGCUUUCUUAGCGCAGCAGUAGAUUAGCUCAGUGUCUACUUGUCCGCAGGCCGUUGCCACUGCAGCUCCUGUUUCCCCCGCUCUGCAGUCCAUCCUCACUCGGAGGAGAGCAGAGACACCUGGCGAGCUGCCAACCUGAACCUCCCUCCCUCUCUGUCUCUCUCCAGCUCUUUGUUUCUCUCCUCCACCCUCUCUGUCUGUCAGGGUCUCCAGAGACUGGGCUGAGAUCAUUGCCCAACACUAACUUCGCUGCUCCAUUCACCUUCACUUUGUUCCACCGCUCCCUGACAACAGCUUACAGCUGCUCUGCCCAACAGCAGUGUGUCGUGGAGUGAACAGCAGUUAUUUAGGAAACUGCCUGUCAUUGUGUUGAACUCGUUUGUUCUCUCACUUGUACAGGUUGAUGGGAAUGUGAGCACAAUCUACUGUCAGAAUCUGUGUCUGCUGGCAAAGCUGUUCCUGGACCACAAGACCCUCUACUACGACGUGGAGCCCUUCCUUUUUUACGUCCUGACACAAAACGACAGUAAAGGCUGCCACCUUGUAGGAUACUUCUCCAAGGUAAACCCCUAAAGCUCCUGGUCUUCAAUUUUACCCCCCAGUGUCCACACCUCUGGUUACUGUUUUGAGAAAUACACACCUCUGUUGUAAGUGAGCUGAGAAUUACUGAAACAGCUAAAAGCGAAGAGCAAAAUAUAUUCAAAUGAAAUUUAUUGGCAUCACCUCACUCUAAUCCAUUCCUCCAAACAGAGAAAAGCUCACGCUGUGUCUCAGAUAAACACUGGAUGCUGUGAGCUCUGUUGUCCCUCAGUGGAGUUUAUAGACACAGGUGCUCCCAUUAACAUGCCACCUCGCUGCCAGAGCACAGCAGUUAGUGAGCGGAGGCAGAACCAUCAAACCCCUGCUGUCCACUAACAGUUCUGCUCGGUGAUGUGGCUCUCAUAGUUUUCGUCCUAACGUUGGAAUGUGUCUCUCUCCUCUUCUCUCCUCUCCUCUCCAGGAAAAACACUGUCAACAGAAGUACAAUGUGUCAUGCAUCAUGAUUCUUCCACAGUACCAGCGCCAGGGCUACGGACGAUUUCUCAUCGACUUCAGUAAGGACUCAGACUUGAGCAGAAUAAACACACAAGAAGAGCUUUGUGCAUUUGCUGUUGCUCAUACUGUGUGGCUCUCCCCUCCCUCCCUGCAGGUUACUUAUUGUCUAAGCGUGAAGGCCAGCCAGGAUCUCCAGAGAAGCCCCUCUCUGACCUUGGUCGGCUGUCAUACAUGGCCUACUGGCGCAGUGUGGUGCUGGAGUGUCUCCACGAGGUCCGGGAUCGACAGAUCACCAUACGACUACUCAGCAAACUGACCGGGAUCUGCCCACAGGACAUCACUACCACCCUGCACAGCCUCAACAUGCUGGAAUCUCGAGGAGAAAGGUGAGAGACAGGAGAUGCGUAGAUAGAUUUACAUGUGAGGUCAGCAUAACCCCAAUUUAAAAAAGUUUAGAUAAAAUGUUGAUAAAAAAUUUCCAAAUCACUUAAUACUGAUUUAAUUAAAAACAGUACAAAAAUAAAACAGUAAAUAUGGAACUGGCAUGAGUGAGUGACAAACUCAAUUCAUAGACAAUAGUUUUGAGCCCAUGCGGUGAUUCCCACUACAGAGUCAUGCCUGUUUUUCAUACACUUGUAUUCAAAGAAGUCUCCAGAUUUAUAGUAUGUACUGUAGGAGGUGCAAAUUCAUGUAAUUAGUUGAGAGACAGUCCAUCAGGUGUCGUGUCUCCAGUGUUUUUCUCUCCCUGCUUUGACUGCUUUGAAACCUUAAAAUCAAAAUGAGCACCUAGUUUUUUCAUAAAGUGAUCAAAUGUUUCGCUGACUUUGCACUAUUUUUCAUUUAUUAUGUUGUUUUAUUAUUAAUUUACAAACUAUCAAAAUGUGUUUUCUAUCAACAUUUUACUCAGCAAACUGGGGUUGUAUUGUCUAUUCUUUAUAGGUUGAACUUUUCUCAUUUUAACUCAGAUUUAGCCUCAAUGUCAUUGAAUACAAGACGGCAUGACUUACUGUAGAGAGACGGGGGAAGUCAGGUUACAAGGGAAUACCCCGUCACAAAGUAUUAGAGGCUAUUGGAAAGCUUCACCUAAAAAUAACACAAUAUGGAAAUCAGCCAGGUUCAACCAUGCGUGUAAGCAAAGCCGGCCACUACAGCACACUUCAGUGGGAUCAUUUUUCACAGAGUUCUUGUAUUCAUAAGAGCGGAUAGAUGCCCUGCCGUCACCUAGUUAUUCUGCAAAGCCAAAGGAGUUGUUACUGUGUUACUAGAAUUUAAAUCUUGGUUAUAUCUGUUCCAAGUAAAAUACAGAAUCACAAUGAAAAAGUUUGGCUGUAUUUUUCAGGCGAUAAGACGCACCGGAUUAUUCGGCGCACUGUGAAUUAAUGUUUCCAUGUUCACACAUAAGGCGCAUUAAGUAUUGGUUCACGGAUUGGUUUAUUGUUGCUCGCGCGUACUCUGGACCCAGGCAGCCUUACAUCAGUGCACCUCUAGUUUAGACAAAACAGUCAGGCAGUCUUGUAGACUGCUCAACGGUCCUGUUACCGGGCCAGUCAGGUAGCAACACAGCGUACCGUAAUGCUCUGAAUAUCCAUUGAGCGGAGCGGCUUGUUGCUUACACAUUUUGACAGAUUUUUGAGCGCAUUGUACCACAUAAAAUCGGUCAGUAAACACAACAAUUAAUCAUACAUAAAGUGUGCUGGAUUAUAAGGUAUACUGUCAAUUUUUGAGAAAAUUAAAGGAUUUUAAGUGUCUUAUCGUCCGAAAAAUACGGUGGUUGACAAACUUCGACGUCCUGUACCCUGAACAUGUUACGCACUGACAUUGCUCUCUAGCAGAAAUGUAGAUACAUGCACACGUGAAGCCAAACCCAUUGAUCUGGAUCAGAUUUCUCUGCACUUGCAUGUGGCAGACCAUCUGUACUCGCUGUUGAUGCUCCUGUUUGCUCUCUCAGGAUGGUCCUGGUGCGCAGGGAGAAGCUUGUGUCAAACCACAUGUCUCGCCUCAAGGCCCGGCCACGGCGGCUGGACGUCGACCCCGAGUGUCUCCGUUGGACGCCUGUCAUUGUAACCAACACUGUGGUCUCUGAUGCUGAUGGAGAUGACGACGAUGAUGAGGAAGAUGAAGAACCAGAGGAAGACAAACGCAAGGAGGUAAAUAAACUCCGUUUGUGCCUGAUUGUGCUUUAUUAUCAAUGUUGGCGAACAUUCUUACUGAUCAACUUCCUGUGACGUAUUUGUUUACAGAUAAAACCAAGCCACAAGGUCUCGCCGAUGUCCUGGCACAUGCGCCAAGGGAAGAAGAGAGAGGAGGAGGAGGAAGAAGAGGAGGAUGAGGACGAGGAAGAAGAGGAGGAAAGAAAGGGCUUUCUAGGGUUUCCCAUUAGCCAAAGCUCUCCGUCUUCCCCUCCUGCACGCUGUCCACCCCCCCUCCCAGAACCACUACGCCCUCCUCCGCCAACAAACGGUGAGCGCCGGCCCCGGGGGCGCCCACCCAAAAACUGGCCUUGGGGAAAGGUGAAAGACAGCACAAGGGUCGUACAACCCCCCAAGAUCCGCCCAGCAGAGGAUGACGAUGACGAGGAUGAGGAGAAAACCGAGGGAGGGAAACCCACAGGUGCCACCAGCAGCCCCGCUUCUCUUUUCUCCCUGGACAGACAAGCAGAGUCCACAGCCUUUCACCCACUCGACAUGGCCCGGCACCCCUCCAUAACCCCCACACGACGAGGAAGGCCGCCACGGAAAAAGAGAGGCCCCAAGCCCAGACAAAUAGAGGGGUCAGGAGAGGGACUGUCCCAGCUUCCUGUAGUCCCUAGGUUGAACGAGUCCCCACCCAUCAGGAAGAGCGGCUUUAGUGAAAGCAGUGAAGAAGAUGAGGACGACGACGAUGAAGACGAUGAGGAGAGAAGAGCGUGCUCCCCUCCUAUUCUCACCAAGCCUGCAAUGGGACUCAAAUGCAAGGUAAGACACCAGCAGGGAUACAUAUAAGUUCCAGGCAGAGUUUCUGGAGCUCAAACAAUCAAAAAUCAAAAUUUGUAUGUGGCCCAUUUGACGACCUUUGCAAUAAUCUUCUUGAUCGGAGCCUUUUUAGUCUGUCUUUUUAAUCAAUAUUUCAAAUCAAACUAAUCCUCUUUUCUUUUAACCCAGAAGCCACCAAGAAAACGUCGCUUUCGCCAGCGCAGCCACCCUCACAGCAGCGUGGUGACGGAGACCAUUUCUGAGACCACCGAGGUGCUGGAUGAGGCCUUCGCCGACUCCGACUCAGAGAGACCCAUGCCGAGGCUGGAGGAGGAGACUCCCAUGGGACACCCGCUGCACCGUUACCCCCCAGCUCGUUCCACCCUGAGGUUAUCUGACCCAGCACCCAAAAGAGGCCGGCACUCACACCUCACCGAUUCAGAGGAAGACGGUGAGAUGAAAGACUUUUAUAUCCAAAACUGACAGGAUGUGGUUGUUAUCGGUUGUUUUACUAUCAGGCUGUUUACAGGAAAAGUAUUGUGGCCCAAAAUAAAUCUACUAUAACAAUAACAUCAAGGUAUAAAAACAGUUUUCUCAGCCAAAUCAGGGAAAAGCUAGACAAAGCUUCUUAUCAUCGUGUGUUUCUAAUGAUUUCAGGCAGUGCUGGGCGAUAAAUAAUAACAAUAUAUAUGGAAAAUUAGUUUCCUUCGAUAUCACUAUAAAACAUGGUCGAUACGCUUUUCGAUAAUCUGCAUUAAAAAGAAGAAAAGUGUGUUCUCCAGGAUGUAGCUGGGUUGAGAGUGGCAAGGUUUACGGUGUUUGUCCCUGUUAAUAGACACGGACACAGGUGUCCAGUUUAGUGGUGGAUUUAUUUGACAGUGGGUCUGCUGAUAAAGAUACAAAGCAACAAUCAGUACAGCUCACACCAUAGAUAACAUGAACAUCGAGUAGCAUGAGAUAGCAUUAGCCAUAUUCACGGUAAACAAUACAUUCACACAAUAUUGCAUCCAAACAUCAUAAAACUCACUUUUGGCAUUUACACACAAACCCAGGAUGUGAAGGUGAAUAUUGGGUAAAAACAGGUGGGAAAUUUACGAACUAUCUUCAAAACUUUCGCAGCUGCAGCAUCUCGCACAUAGGUGCGGUGCGUCCAGUCAUGAGGAAGUGUAGGACAAAUGAAAACUCACCGUAAAACACAAUAUAACUGAAGGGUAUUUACUUGAAAACAUUUAAACAACACAGGCUUUCUAACAGGCAUUCUGCCAUGUCUCUAGUGCAAGUUCUUACAACAAAUCGUCAGACACUAAGACCUCACAGAUGCAGUAGCUUUUUGUAUUGCAAAAGACAUGUGACCAAAAAAAGCACCGUUAGAUAUCAUUUUUAUAUAGUGAUAUAUAUCAAUAUUGACUGAUAUGAAAAAAAAUAUAUUGUGAUAAACUUUUUACCAUAUCGCCCAGUCCUAAUUUCAGGCCUUGAGUUUGCUUUUCAGCUCAGUGACAGAAACUUCCUCAGAGAAGAGAUGCGCCAUAAAACAGCUGCUUGUGAUGCUUUUAUUUUGACACUUUUACUGUCCGCUGAUUAAGUUGCUUUAUUUCCUGUACUAUAAAACCAAGCUUUUAUUGUGAAACAAACUAAUCUGACAUGGUGGGUUAUCCUCAUGUUUAUUUUUAACGCACAACAUAUUUUCACUUUUUAAGGAAACAUUUUUCUUCAUUACAACAGCCCCAGUUUGCACAGAUGUACUGUUUGUAUGAAGCUGUAUCUGACGUGGGUCUGUCUUGUUUUUCAGAGUUAACGCCUGUGCUGAAGCCUGUGGCUGCUUUGACAGCAACGCCAUCAGAGACGCUGGCAGCCAACCCUGAGGUCCCAGUCAAGAAGAAGAAAGGCUGGCCCAAGGGGAAGAGCCGCAAACCCCUGCACUGGAAGAAACGAGGACCUGGGAAACCACCUGGUGCGGACAGCCAGGCUCAAAGUGGGGAUCCUCCACCGCCCAAAAUCAAGAUGAAGCCUGGCCGCAAACCCCGCAGCUGGUAUCUGCAGCGGGCGCAGGAGGAGGCGGAGAGGCAGGAACAGGAAAGACAAAGGCUGUUAGAGCAGCAGCUGGACAAAAAUCCUCAGCUGCUUCAGACGGACGAUCGCAGUAAGAGAGUCUCGAGGACCAACGCUGACAGAGACAACAAGCAGAAGGACUCCGAUGAGGAGGAUGACUAUCUCCCCAAGCCUGCAGAGCAGAAGAUACCAAGAAAACGAGGAAGACCGCCCAAGAACCGUGCUCCCCUCCAACCCCCAAAGCCUGCCCCCAAACCUCCUCCCACCUCUGAGCCAGACGAAGAAGAGGAUGAAGAGGAGGAGAAUCAAGGAGCGUGGGAGGAAGAAAAGCCCAGCCGUCCACCAUCUCGCCCCCUGCUUUCCCCUUCAUCAUCUUCCUCCACCUCAGGGCCCCGGGCCCCACAGUCCCGGCCUCAGGACACAGAAAUGGGUGACAGGGAAGAGGAUGACGACGACGAGGAGAGGGAGGAAGAGGAUUGCGGCAGCACGGGAAGCGGUGGCGGUGGUAUCAACAGGCGGACAGCGGUCACACAAGGAUCAGGAAGCAGGCGCAGUGAGGACCAUGACGCCGACGACGAAGGUGAUGGACACUUGGAGGAUAAGAGCAACAGCAGCAACAACAGCAGUAAAAAGAGGAAAAGUCAGGACUCUGAGGAUGAAGACGAUGAUGAAGACGAGGAGGAGGAGCCAGCGAGCCGAGCGAGCUCUCCUCCAGUCAAAGAAGAACCCCAAGGUGGAGAGGCUUUUUUAGACAUGGAGAACAGCGUGGCCCGGGACUAUGUCAGCAAGCAGGAGGAGGAAGAAGAGGAGGAGGAGGAGGCUGAGCAGGAGGUGCAGGAGGCUAAGUGUCGCCCUUCCUCUGCUGACCCCCAGCAGGAGGAGAGGAGGCGCAGAGAGCAGGAGGAGUCCGCCGCAGCAGCCGCAGCGGUGGAGACGGUAACGGCCAUGUCUGUUCCCUCGGAGCCCAUGGAGCUGCAGCCUCUGCACCCGGACGACAAAGACGUCACGCUGUUGAUGGAACCCCAACACACACACCCGCACUCCCACCCGCACCAGCACCCAGACUUCAAAGAGGAGCUGGGCCACCACCACCCGCACCACCCCCACCAUCACUCCAAUGAGCUGGACCUGGAGACGAUGCAGGCCGUCCAGUCCCUGACGCAGGGGGAAGCCCAGGACGAAGAGACAGAGCCGCAGCCUCACCACGGGGCCUACCAGGACUGCGAGGAGACCCUUGCCGCCUGCCGGACCCUGCAGAGCUACAGCCACACAGGAGAGGCGGAGGAGGAGGCUCUGGCGUUAGUAGAGGAGUGUGGCGCCUCUCAACACAGCAGCCCCCUUCCUAAUCCUCCAGUGCCCCCCCUGCCAAGUCAGUCCGUGCGCUCAGUGAACAGUCCGGGUUUGACCUCGGGCAUCAUGGACACAACGCCGGCCAGCCAGAGGGGAGGGACGCCUGGUCCAACUGGAGCAGGAGGCAGUGGUGGAGGAGCCGGAGGGGGCUACACCCAGAUCACACCGGAGCAUCCCAGUUCUCUGUCGGCCCCUUCCCAGCAGAACAUGGAGACGUCGCCGAUGAUGGAUGUUCCAUCUGUGUCCGACCACUCGCAGCAGGUGGUGGACAGCGGCUUCAGUGACCUCGGCAGCAUCGAGAGCACCACGGAGAACUACGACAACCCGAGCAGCUACGACUCCACGAUGGGUGGAGGGGGCAACGGGACAGGUAACGGUGGGAACGGAGGAGGGAUGCCCUCUGCUGUAGUUGCAGGAGCUUCCACGGUUUCUUCGUCAUCGGGCUCCUCUUCGUCCAGCUCGGCGACCCCGUCCUCCUCACAGUCCAACAGCUGCUCCUUCGUCCCGGCCCCCAGCCUCACAUCCUCCACCGGAACUGCCGGAUCCCAGCUACCACUCGGCAGCUGCAGCCUAAUCCAGCAAACUGGACCAGGACCUAACAGUGGACCAGGCGGAAGUAACGUAGGCAGCGCCGUGCCUCAGCCCCCGCCACCCCCACCCCCGUCCAACACCCCCGGCUGCGGCAUCAAGUCUCCUCAGAGCUGCGGUGUGAUCGAGAGGCCCCCCAGCACCAACCAGCAGCAGCAGCAGCAACAGUCCCAAAAAAAGGUUCCUCAGCAGCCCCCUCCACAGCAGCAGCAAGCCCCCAACCCUCAGCCACCUCCGUCAGCUCCACCUCCACCCCCUCAGCAGCAACAGCAGGCUCUGUCUCAGUGUAGCAUGGGCAACGGCUUCGCCUCAACGCCGAUGAUCAUGGAGAUCCCUGAGAGUGGAGGCGGAGGAGGGGGCCGCACCCUGUAUGAGCGAAUGGGUCAGGACUUUGGUACGGGCGGUUACCCACAACCCUCGGCGACCUUCAGCCUGGCCAAACUCCAGCAGCUCACCAACACCAUCAUGGACCCCCACGCCAUGCCCUACUCUCACUCAGCCUCCGUCACCUCCUACGCCACCAGCGUGUCUCUGUCCAACCCGGGGCUAGCCCCUUCACCGCACACUCCCCUCCCUCAAGGCCAGCCAACCAUGACCCCUCCUCCUAACCUGAGCUCCGGCUCCAUGAACCUGGGCUCCCUGCAGCUGCAAUGCAACAUGCCCACCACCAACAUCGGCCUGGGACCCCCGCCGCACACGCAGCGGUUACAGGGCCAGAUGGCGACUGUGAAGGGACAUAUUUCCAUCCGCUCCAAAGCCACCCAGCAGCUAGCCCCCGCCCCGCACCAGCAGCAGCUCUACGGCCGCAGCUCGGGGGCGGUGGCCAUGCAGGGCACGCCGCGCACUCUGGCCGUGCAGCGCGGCAUGAUGCCCAACCUCAUGCCCACGCCGGCGCCCUACAACUCCAUGAACAUGACGCCCCUUAACGCCAUGUCGGCCGGCUACCGAAUGCCCCAGCCCAUGAUGAACAGCGGUUACCACGGCAACCCCCCUUACAUGAAUCAGCCAGCUCAGUACCCAAUGCAGAUGCAGAUGGGCAUGAUGGGAGGGCAGGGUUACCCGCAGCAGCCUAUGCAGCCCAAUCACCAUGGUAACAUGAUGUACACAGGCCCUUCCCAUCACAGCUACGCCGGUGUCCCCAAACAGUCACCGUACAUGAGCAGAUGAGCAGCUGAGAACUGACAAACGGAGACACGACGGGGCCAGAGCUGAUACUUGCUGUACUCUAAAAGUCCAUUACUCCUGUCCACCCUCUCCAGUGCUACAACAGGCACACGUGAGUGAGUGUAGGUGUAGGAGUCAGAGAGGAUCUUUGGGUUUCCUGUUUUUCUAUGUUGUCAUUUCGUCCCUUUUUUGAUUUGGGCUCCCCUUCCCCUCCAGCUGGCUGUGUCCAGGAGCCGGCCAGUAGGAUCUGGGGGUUGGGAUGUGUACGUGGACCUCAGCCGUGCCAUGCUGCUUCAGGCCAGGCUUACACAGUUCCUCUGUAUUGUGGUUUCACACAGGCCCAGGAACCUCCUCCUCCUCCCCGUGAUACGCGGGAGCAGAUAAGAGGAGGAGAAUGACGAGAAAGAUACACAGACAAAGACAAUACAGGAGUACCUUGCUUUUACAGACUGCAAUGAAAAAACAGUGGAAAACUGAAUAUAUUCAACCAUGCACACAAUCUUUUAUUGAUAUAGGAAGCCUUACCUUGGAAAAAAGAGACUCUGAAACAUUGUAGGCGGACUCUCGUUUUUGUUAAACAAAAUGUUGAAUCUUAUUUUUGUCGUCUAUCGUUUUUGUUGAUUGUUUUUUGAAAUUCUCGUGUGCAGUCCGACCUCUUAUAUGCUUUGGUCUUUAUAUGUGUGGCAUUCAAAAAUGGUGAUCCACCCUCUCGCUCUCUCAGAACCAUACCCAGACACGCGGCUUUUUUCUCGCCUCGCUCCAGAAAAGCAGAGGAGUUGUCCUUCCUGUGUUUGAGGGGGGUCGAGCUGUUUCCAGAGUCCCUGUCUUCCUGGAUGGACGAUGUUGUACCAAAAAAAAACAGCGGAAAACACAGAAGAGACAGACGAGCCCAUUAUUGUCUUAUCAUAUGUCCAUAAAAUGAAAAAAGUAGCAUUAUUUUCCAGUUUGCUGCCACUCUGAAAUGUUUAGAUGUAAAUAUUCUGGUACUUCCCAAUAUCCAGCACACACACGCACACACACAAACACGCUCUGGCUAGCUGUCGCCAUUUGACGGCUGGCUCGGGAACACUGAGUUGUUCUUGUCCACACUCCACUGACAGACGAUAUACUUUGUCAGCCUUUUUUUAGCAGUUUAGGGAACACAGAACAAACGGUGGUAUUUCCAUUGAACUGCUUUAAGGAAAGUCAGUUAGCGAUAUCUGACCUCCCCUCAUAAGUGUUAGUGACCCAAAGAGGUCGAGGAGUCUGCUUCUGAAUAGUGUAUUAUCUCUUUUUUUUUUAAGUUGUAUUUUUCUUUUCUUUCUGCAAAAUUCUGCACUCCCAUUGGCUAGAAACACGGCAGGAGACGGCGAACCUUUGUGAAAGGUGCGCCUGAAUGCCUGAUCUAGUGCGAGGUUUGGCCCUCACGUAGAGGCACGCUCAUAUGAAAGCAGGGUCGGCGGUAAGUGUUUGAGGUCCUGUUCAGCUGGCGGGAGAGAAAUGGGUGACCUCGUUGCUCCAUGUACCAGUAUUGAAAGUCAGAAGAGGAGUUUUGAUUUUCUUACAGACCUGACAUCGCAUACUUUCUUUGUGUGUAUCGUUCUGUUCUGUACUUCUUUUUCGUUGUGUUUUCUUUCUGAAUUUUAUCAGACUGGGCAGCUUUCUUUUAUGACACAAGCUGACUCUUUUUGACUUUAGAAAACUUAUUGUAGAGAAAAUGUUUUUUCUAUAAUAUAAAAGGAAACUCUUACAUUGAUAUUGGUACUGUCAUUUUUUUCACUUCUGUUUCAGGAAAAAAAAACUACAUAUUUUUUAGCUCGCCUCUUGGGUAAUAAUUACUAAGAAAUUCAAAAUUUAAAAAAAUUACCACUCACUUUUAGUGACUUUAAGAUGCCUUUAACCUCUCCAUUCCAUCUCAUCUCUAGAGUUUUUCUAUCUUUGUGUAGUAUAUUAAUGCUAUUUUAAACAAAAGGACUACAAAUAUCUAAAGGUCACUUGGCAUUCUUUUCUUUUUUUUUACUUGUGUGUGUAUAGGAUGACUUCCUUACAUUUAAGAGGCAUGUAAAAAGGAGCUCAGUAUAUUUCUGUCUGUUUAUAUCGCUUCCCUUUUUGUAUCCUUUGUAAUUGUACAUGUUGCGUUGUAUGCUAAGAGAGAGCGCAAAAUAAAGAGGAGUGACAGCUGGGCCCACAGUGAAGGUUGAUUUGCGCUCAGCGGCCUCAACUAUCUACUCUCUCCCUGUAUGUAUUUCCAUUUAUUCUGUUAUUUUUUCUUUCUUUCUUAGCAAGUACUUUCAAAGAACUCUGUACAUUUUAACAUAAAAUGAAAAUAAAUUAUGUUGAGCCAUUUAUGUUUUCCU